AUGUGGAUUGAGGUGUACACUGAAGAGAGCUACAAAAUAGAAAAAAGAAUAGAAAAUGCGCCAGAAGAGAAAGACAGCACAAGCGCAAACGAAAGCGAAAACGAGGGCUGUGGAGAGUAUUAUUCGCCCAGAGAGUACGUAAUAAAUGCGAUGGUAGGAAGGUACAGGCUGCUAGAUAAAAUAACAGGAGAUGUACUGUGUGGGAGCUGGUCAUUCAAUAAAUUGCUGCAAUGGAUAGAAGAGGGUCUACCUGAUCUUUUCGAGAGCGUAGCAUUUGGCCUGAACAUUGGAAGCUAUAUUAAGUCGUAUGAAGGAGAGCACUCUGUGGUAAUACUAGGAAGUAAUGGGAUGGGAGUAUUUUCUUCUGAAGACCACAGGAUAAUUCAGUAUGCAAAUAUCAGAAAAAUAGAAGUAGGAAAACUCAUGACCAUCCACAUGCUGCCGGAGGUAGUGGAAAAUGGAGCAGGAAUGAACAGCCCGCAGUGCAAUGAAUAUGAAAAAGAAAGCUUUGAGAUUUUCCAAGAUUUGGAGAAAGAAAUCAUCACUCUGUCAGUCUCUCCGAUAGAAGAGGGCGGCUCAGUGCGAAAUCUGCUGUUUCGCAGAAUAUCAGAGAGAAUUUGUGCAACCAUUCCACUGUACAACCAGAAAAUAAACCAUGUGGCGGUGCAUGAGACCGGAACCAUCUCUCUAACCGACAAUUUUAUAAUUAUCAAAGAAGAUUUAAGGUAUUUAGCCAUGCCGCUGUGCAUGAUCCGAAAAGUAGAGGUGGUUAGAGAGUGGAAAACUGUGCUCAAAAUUAGGGAUGCAAAUUACAGAAAUUUUGAGCUCAUUUUAGAGGACAGUGGGACUGGCAUUGAUAAAGUUCUUGCAAACAUCUCAAAAGAGUCGCCUGCCUUCAAAAGCGCAUACUUUUCUGUUCUGCUGGAUAUAGUGGAGAAUAUGCACUUCUACAGCCAGCACACACAAUCCGCUAGCAACUGGUCGAUGGGGAGCACAUCAGAGUACAGAAUGUAUCUGUGCAUGAAGCUCAAGGACAAUCUGAACUUGGCUAUUCCCAAAGAGGAAAGGCCGUUUAUGUGGAUGGGCUGCUUUUGUCUGUGCGGAAUGGUGGCCCAACCUGAUUUGUAUGAACUGUCAAUUGAAAAAUCAAAAAAAGUAUUUUACCAGUCAUAUUCGCAGAUAGACAAGGACAUUGAAAGGUCGAUAUAUGGCGAGAUUCCAGAAAAGACGCUUGCAGGGUUUAAGAGAGUGAUGUAUGCAUUUGCAGCAGCAAACAACGACGAGUAUCUGCAGUCACACUCCAUGGUGGCAGGCGUUCUUUUCCGAGUGCUUGGCGAGAGCGGGUGCUUCUAUGGCCUCAUUCACAUUUUCACACGAACGCUCCCAGGGUACACAGGCCCCGACAUAUACGGGAUGCACAGGGACAUUUGGGUAUUUAUUGAAUUUGCAAAGGAAAAGUAUCCGGGGCUGCACGAAAACCUUACUGAAAAAUCGAUUGAAAUGGAAAUACUGGUCACUCCCUGGAUUCUUGGCCUGUUUACAACGCUGUUUCUCCAGCCGCAAAUAGAGAGCAUAUUCGACUACAUUGCAUACUACGGCGCGAGUUUCGUGUUUAAACUUUCUCUGGCUCUUCUUGAAAGAAUGUACUUGGGGCUAUCAAGAUCAAAAGCAACAGGGUCUAUAUUAAAAACAUCAAAGAACUACUUUUUCAAGAACACAAGCAUGCCUUCGAUUGACUCUAAAGAGUUUGGCACACUUAUGUCUUUGGCCAAAUCAGAUAAGCUGGUUACUUCUGAAAUAGUUCUUUACAAAAGACAGCAGUACGAGCUGCUCCACAGGAAGAACAAAGAAGAUCUCCUGAAAUAA